UAAUAACUGGGUUGUCCCUACCUUUCCCUCCUGUCAACUUCUGCACGGAAAUCCCACCUCCGGUCCACUUUGAUAUUCUUCACAUUUGACAUGUUUUGCGUGGAAUGAGUCUCGACGCUUUGGAUAUCAGCAAAGCAUUUGUUAUUACAUUCCAGUUCCAUUGAAUAAUGUCUCAAGAUGGUCGCCCCGAAGACAAGCCCGAGGGCUUCUCUAAAUACCUUAAGCGUAUGAAGACCGUCCUUCGCCCUCGGUCAAUGUCCAAACGACAAUCUAUAACUCCUGGGGCAGCCGCUCCAGUUGAAACUACUGCACCAAAGGCAACAUCACCGGCACCAGCACCAGUACCAGUAUCCGCACCAGUACCAGCGACAGCGCCAGCACCAGCCCAGGAGCUCAGCCCACCAGCUCCAGUCAUGUUCACCAGCUACAGCUCGACCCAGCAGGAAAAGGCGCGCGCCCUCUUCGCCAAAUACGGCCUGACCGUCGACACCAGCGACUGGAAGACACCCCCGGACCUCCAGCUAACCCGCGUAACGAAGCCAAUCCGCAUGCGAGUGCACCGUACCUGCCACCGCUGUGAAACAACCUUCGGUGCAGAGAAAGUAUGCGUCAACUGCCAGCAUACCCGCUGCACAAAGUGUCCCCGAUACCCAACCGCCCGCAACAAGGAUGGCGAACCGUCAACCCGCAAGCCCAAGAACCCAGAGGCCUACGUCUACCAACCCCGCCUAUUCCCCAGGACCUCGCACCUCAAGCUCAGCACCACCAAGGAAAUUUCUAUCAAAAUGCCGUCGCCCACCGGCGGCCAGGAUUUCGUCCGUCGGCCGGUGCGCCAGCGUGUCCACCGCUACUGUCACGUCUGCACCUCGAUCUUUACCCCCGGUUCCAAGGAAUGCCCAAAUUGCAGCCAUGUACGCUGCAAGAUAUGCCCGCGGGACCCGGCUAAACUCGACAAAUAUCCUGAUGGCUAUGCGGGCGAUGCUGAUCCGCCCAAGCCCAGACCUGAGCGCACGUGGAAGAAACCUCGUCGCCGAGUCCAUUAUGAAUGUCAUGUCUGUGAUACUUGGUUCCAAGGUAAUGCGCAAACUUGUUCGAAUUGUGGUCAGGCGAAGUGUGAUGAAACUAGACGAAUCCCACCUAAGAAAGUCAAACCAGAAACAAGCCCCGAGGUUCUCAGGAGCAUUGAAGAGAAGUUAGCAGCUAUGGCGCUUGAACAAACACCAGACAUUGUUGAAGCGGCAGCUUGAGCUUGGAACAUAUAUCGUUGUCAACCCGAUUUAUAUUUACAGCCGACCAACACAAUCCUUUAUGACAUCCCCCGUUUACUCCUACUGAUUUUAUCUCCUGCGCUAUUCGUACUACCUCAAACUCGAUCCUUUCCGAUGAGAAAGCUUUGUUUAUUUUUAUAUUCCGUGGCCCUACCAAGACAGAACAUACAUAACAUACGCAUAUAUUGGAUGGCAUUAACUUCUACGCAUUGAAACGAACUCAUUUCUCUGACCGGGGUCAGCUCCAGGACUCUGCACCGGAACUGAACUACCAACGCCUCUUUUCCCAAUUUCUAGGUUACCACAUAUGUACCUGCGCGUGCGCCCCCGAUACGGAUCCCGAUGAUGUGUACAUUUCCAUGACGGCCGGGGGCGGACGUGCAUAUCGUAUACUACGCAAUACGUUGUAAACAUAUUGUCGGGUGGCUUGAUUUACAUAUGUAAAUAUGGUAGUACAGUAUUCAACUGUCAGAGUAUGAAACUCGGCGGUAAUGCCAAACAGUGA